AUGAAGAGAGCUGGGAAGUCAAAUGAUACGGACCCUCCACCCAAAAUUUCUAAAACGAACAAUACCCUGUUUUCUGAAGGUGAAAUCGAUAGCUGGCAAGCGUCACUUGGUUGUUCGUUAGCUGAAAGACUUGAGAAAAUCAGUACUAUGCAAAAUUUAACGACUCGUCAGGUUAAGCGAUUGUUGAAGGAUGUUCUAACUAACGAAGAUGUUGUGAGUGCUUUACGCAGAUAUAUUGAUGGAGAAUUUAAAGAGCCCGAAACUGGUGAAAUUUCAGCCGCGACACGGAGACGAGCCAAAUCGUUGGGAUUGUUUUGCAUCCUUAGUGAACUUGGAGAAAUGUCAAAUCAUAAUCUACAAUCCAGAGCUGUUACUCGAUCACUUACUCGUCGAGUCGAAGAGUCAUUACCAGAUCACUUAUCACAUUCCAUUUCUACAAACACGUUUGUUGCAAAUGUAUGUUCUGAAGAAACUGGAAAUCAUGAUCCUACUGCAUCAUUUCAACUAGAAAAGACUGCUGAACAGUCACUACCUAAUCAUUCUCUAAGCUUUCUUGAUGAGAAGGAAAACGAAGAAGGAGAAGCAGAUGCUGUAGAGGAAAGAAGUACUGAUAAAAACGCGACAAACAAAAGUGUAGAUGCUGGAGAUCCAGACGAUGAUGUUUACGCUCAGUUUCUUCGAUCAUUAUUUGCCUCUCCCUGUAAUUCAUCAAACUGUACACCUAAUAAAUCCAACUCACGAAUAACUACUCCAAUAAAGUCAUCUGCAAUCUGUGAAAAUCUCUUAAGAGAUGAUUCAAAUGGCGUUGAACCUCUUUCAUCAGAUAAACGUCAUUCUGGUUUUCAGAAUACUAAGACACUGUCACUUUCGUCACAAUCGCCUAGUGGACGGAAUAUAAAUGUUGAUGAAGACGAGGAUCCAGAUGAUCCAGAAUUCGAUGUAAUGGCCGAAUUGGAUGAAGUUAAUGGGGAGGACUUUUUCUAUGAACUGAGAGAUGAUCGUGCUGUACGUGUAUCAAAGGUGGAAACGAAAAAUCUACACGCAGAUUUACGGGCACUGUUUAACUCUGGAGAGGAACGGGAAGAUUGUACUUAUAAAUCAAGGAGACCGUCAGUUCUAGCAAUGAAUGCUUAUCGCCAACGGCUAUUCCAAAUGAAUCGUACCACACCAAAUCAAAAGUUUAGUCAAACAGAGAAAUUUGACAUGACUCAUUACUUUCAAUCCUCCAUGCCUUGUACAACUUCAUCGGCGAACGUGAAUAAAUCUGUUGUUUCAAUCCCACGACGCAAAAGAAUCGCAUUAACAAAUACAGAACUAGUUCGAUUAGAACGCCAAUUGGGAAUGCACAUACAGUUGUUGACUACAAGUUUCCUGCUCACUUAUGAUUUUCCUGAUAUGCACGAAUCAACUACUCGACCAUGUGCAUCUCUUCUCAAAACUUUGGUUGCCAAGCGUCAGGCUUUUGAUUUAGUCGCGCUUCAAAAAAAAGUAUCCGGUGCAAUUCAUUCUGUAACUAGCUUCUAUUGGCGUUGUCCUACCCUAGACAUGGCUAUUGAUUUGAUUUCUGAUUACUCUGGAUUAUCUAUGCUUCCUCGUUUACCAUGGAAUCCUUAUAAGCAGGGAGUAGGACAUAUCUUGACUAAAUCGCAAUCGUUUGCCUUCCCGAUUCCAUACUGUUUAUUGGAUAUAAUGAUCAACAGUCCUAUUUGGUCUUAUGCUUAUUUAAUGCCUACCGUCUUGGGACCUCAUCCAAAAGGUCAUGUUCGGCUAGUAUUUCAUCCGUCAGAAGAUGCUUUGAUGGUAAUGGGACUGGCAGAUUUUUCAGGUGCUUUAAGCCGCUGUCGUAGAAUUCUUGAAUCUAAAAUGUCUAGUCAACGUUGCUUCUCAAGAAAUUUAAAGUCUAAAAAUAAACAACCAGGACGUUACAUUGCCUAUCGUUUAAUCGGUAGGUAUAUACUUCCACAUCGUACAUUUUUACAGCUGCGCUCUCGUCGAUGGAAUCUGUUAGCUAAUCGUGAUAGCAUAGAUAACGCAGGAGAUUCAAGACCAGUAUCAGUUGCCACUCGUUAUCUACUUCAACUAUAUAAGGAACUAAGUCAACCGGGUGAAGUAGACCUUAAACGGAUCCAACAAUAUGCUAAUGAAAUGAGUUCUCUUGCUAUUCCUCAUGGUAUACCACUGAUUACCUCAUGUUUAAGUGAUAGGAAUCCUCAGGAACUGUUUACUUUCGAAGGACUUCCGACUGAAGUAGGUUAUGAGGAUGUAUUAAGUUAUAAUAACUGCGGCGAAAGCAUAAAACGCAAGUUAGAUGUACUAACUGAAUUCACGCAAAAUGCAAACUGUUUUUGGAAAUCGCAGACGGAAAAAGCAUCUCGAAGUAAAGAAACAGAAACAAACUACUUGUCGGUUUUAGACGACGAAUCCAUGAUCAAAUUAGAACAAAAUAUCCAAUGUGAUGUUCUCGGUCCAAAUUACCUACCUGCUAUACCAGUUGAUCUUAAUCCUGAUGGUACUGUGGUUCUCAGCAGAACUAGCGAGCCUGGUUUGGUUGAAGUUACCGAGGUCACAGAUGAGCCAGGGUCAAUUUCCAAUGAAAAGUCGACGAACUUACCAAGCUCAGAAAUACGGCAUGGUCGUGUUUGUCAGCGUAUUACAUCACAUCAUAUUGAAUUCAUCUUAGCCCGUAUUAACAAACGAAAGUCAGAUGGUUAUACAAAUAAAAAUGAAGCACGGAGCGUUGCAGAUUGCGAUAUUUUGAAUGGUGUUGUGACGUCUGGUGUUAGUGAUUUUAUUCAAGGCGAGCAACAAUUUAAUGAAAUUUCAAAUGUUUUCGAAUCUUAUUACAAUAAUACUGGCAAUGUAGCGCUAGAUGCAUGUCAAAAAGUAGCUGAUUCUUUAGUGAACACCUUUCAUCUUGGUUUCGAUAGAUUUUCCGGUGAUUAUGGAGACACAUGUUUUAGUCCAAAGAAGUUUAACCACAUUCUGAAGUCACCGUACAUCUUUAAUGCUGCUAAUACUACUUCGUAUCUGAGCCCUGGGUGCCCCAGUCAUGUCCAGCCUAUUCCGGACUCUCUAGUUUGUAUUAGUGAUGAGUGUCAGAGCCAACAAGCUGGUGUUUUCCCCAGUGCUUGUUUUGUGUCUUCCAGUCGUUUUAUUGCACGUUGUCGUGCACGUGGAGAUGCUACUUCAGCUGACCUUCUGACCUUGCCAUCUUCGGUUAUAGGUCAAUCACAAACGCUGGUGGAUGAAAUGGAUGUCAGGCGAGCGCGUUCCUUGUUAGAUCGAUGUCGAACUUAUCUAGCUCCUGCUGAUUACCGAUGUAUGAUGCGUGGCUUAAUGAAUCUUAAUCAAGCUGUUCAUUAUCCCACAUCAGCGGGUAGUAAUCAUGAUCAGCAGUCGAGCAGAAAUGAAGUUCUGGUAUCUCUUGCAUGUGUAUUGAAUUGUUUGAAAAACCAUGUACCAUUGUGGGAGGAUUUUGUCCGCUUUCUGACUCCAUCACAAGCCCGUAGUUUGGGUCUGCUGUCCACCUACUUAAAUUUAGCUCGCAUUGGUCGAGUUCAAAGGGUUUUGCAAGAUAUUGUUCCUCAAGAUAGGAGGUUUUGGAGACGACUGCGCAACUUGGCAGACAGCUGUAGUAUUAAAGCACGUUAUAUGCCAGUUAAAAAGAAGGUAUAUGUGGGUUCGAAUGGUGCGCCUGCUGAAUCUUCAAACACAUCCGAAAAUCCCAGCGGUUGCAGUGAAAGGCUAUCUGAUGGAACUCAGACCACCCACAAAUCGUCUAUGACAGAACAAUGUCCUGUGGUGGACAGCAAUCAGCCGAAGUCUCCACGUUUUAGAAGUGUGCAGCUGAAAGGAGGAGAUAUGCAUGAUUCGUUUGCCAAAGCGUGGUCAGUUCUUGAGCGCAGCUGGCGCAGUCGUCCUGUCCUGCUAUCUUGUAUCGCUAGUGUAAUUAACACCAGACACAAACCUUGUUCUGGUUUUGAACAGAGCUUCGAAGAGACAGAUGUACUUGCUAGAAAUCCUGUUGGGAUUCCAAAUGCUUCUGAUGAAUUGAAUCAAAGUGCAAGUGUUUGUAAUGUGGAUGAAUACACUCAUGGACUAGAAGCUGAUACCAACGAUCCUGUGAAUAAUCUGUCUCCUCACCUACAAUCUUUAUUUUCUGAUGGAUGGGAAAUAUGCACAGAUCUUUCUUCAGCUGCCUACAACCGCAAUAACCCGCUAGGAACAGCUUGGGCACGUAGGCAAUGUCCUUGUCUCUGUCAUCUAAAUGCCUCACCUAAUAAGACUGCGGGUAUAAUGAAUCAAUCCGGAAAACCUGCAAAAGUGGAUUGUCUGGGUUUGAGACAUUGUAUUUCUUGUAGCCUAAGAGUGCAUCGUGGGACACUUUAUAUUGAUGAGUGUAAUCUCCACCUACGUCAUGUGCAGAUAACUUGGCCACUUGGUUUUAAGCCCAAAACUCGUUUACCUACAAGUAUUCCAUCAAGUGAUGCUCUUUCGACUCAAAACAAUCGUUUAACAACAAUGCAACAUACAUCAAGUAUAUCCACGCGUGUUGCUGUAAAUGAACUUGCAAAAGUACAUUCCAAAUCAUAUUCAUCAAAUAUAUUAUCGAAUCACUGCACUCGACUACCAGAUAUGGCUGGUAGGCGUGUUUCAGUAGAAUAUGUUCAUACACGUAAAUCGACCACAUCAAUCAAUCAUGAAAUCAUCCCUUCAAAUAAUCACGGUUAUGGUGAUACUCUAGGAGCAGUUGAAAUCCAGUCACCGUGCGAUCUAACAGAUUUGAACCUAAGAUCAUUUCUUGAACAUAACGAAAGUGACUCAAUCCCACAGGAUCCACGCUCAAAAUUUGGCUAUUUAGAAAACCCUAUAAGCUGGACACUAGAUGACGAAGCUGCUUGCUUUAACACAGAGGCUUUUGCCUCUGUAUCAGAUGAGAACCAUGAGUGUGAAUUCCGUGUAUUUAGUAACAGUGAUAUGGAUGACUGGACCCCAGAAGAAGACAGGCAAUUACUAGAAUUUUGCAAGACCAGGGAGCAUUACAGUUCCAAAAUGUUCUCAAUCCUGGCUGAAAUCUGGGAACCUAAACCGUAUGAUUUCUGUCCUCAACGGAGCGCGGACGAACUAGAGGCGCGUUUCAAGCAACUGAUGCGCGCCACUUUGAAGGAGACUUACGACCCUGAACUAUUUCAAACACCUUGCACACGAAAUUCAUCAACUGACAGCGGUGAAUAG